GCUCCACCCUCCACAACUGCCAGAAGGAGCUGCCCUGCCCUGGAUAGAAAAAGGUGCUCUUGGGAGCUCCUGCCUCCCACCCAAUCCCAGCUGCAGAGCACUCGGGACUCUGGGCCGUGAGGAGUUGGGAGACACUCUCCAGAGAGGCUGCCAUGGCCUGCAAGAAGUGCUCAAACAAGUGGUGCUUUGCCGGCGUUGCCAGUGUGAUCCUCGUGUGUGCCAUCGGAUUGGUCCUGGGCUACAUGAUGCUGGGGGUGAACCAGCCAGGCUGUAAGGAGGAUGCAGUUUGUCGCCCAGAUGCAGACAUGCUGGACUACUUGCUGAGCCUGGGCCAGAUCAGCCAGCGGGAUGGCCUGUUGGUCACCUGGCACCAUGCUGCCAACAGCCAGAAGGACAUGAGGGCAGCCCUGGAAAGCGACGUCAUGGUCCUGGAGGCGGAUGUCAACCUAGAAGGGCUCAACACAGCCAACGAGACAGGGGUCCCCAUCAUGGCGCACCCCCCACUCAUCUAUAGUGACAACACCCUGGAGCAGUGGCUGGAUGCUGUGCUGGCCUCUUCCCAGAAGGGUAUCAAGCUAGACUUUAAGAGUAUCAAGGCUGUGGGCCCCUCCCUGGACCUCCUGCGGAGACUGACAGAUGCUGGGAAAGUCCGGAGGCCUGUAUGGAUCAACGCCGACAUCCUGAAGGGCCCCAACGUGCCCAUCUCCAUCCAAGUCAAUGCCACACAGUUCCUGGCCUUGGUCCAGGAGAAGUAUCCUGAGGCCACCCUGUCUCCAGGCUGGACCACCCUCUACGUGCCCCUGUUCCCGAAAAGCACAUACACCCGAGCCAUGAUAGAGAAGAUGCAGGAGCUGGUGGGAGCGCUGCCGCAGAGGGUCACCUUCCCCGUGCGGGCUGUCAUGGCGCGGGCUGCCUGGCCCCAUUUCAGCUGGCUGCUGGGCCAGUCGGACAGGUACAGCCUGACACUGUGGCAGGGUGUCACGGACCCCGUGUCAGUGGACGAUCUCCUCUACAUCCGGGACAACUGUGCCAACCACCAAAUCUACUAUGACCUCUUCGAGCCUGUCCUGUCGAAGUUCAAGCAGCUUGCAAUGAACGCCACACGGAAGCAAAGUUACUAUACAGGAGGCAGCCUGAUCCCCCUUCUCCAGCUCCCCGGGGGCGACGCUCUGAGCGUGGAGUGGCAGGUUCCUGACAUCCGGGGCAAUGCAACAGUUCAACUCUCAGGAAAAGAAGGCAUGAUCCUGCUGAACAUCAGCCUCCAGGAGUCUGGCGCUGGAGAUGCCGUGCCCAUCGUGUAUGCCUCGCGUGACUCUGCCCUGGCGCUGGAGUCGUGCCUGCCGCAGCUCGCCACACACCCUGGACGCUGGGGAGUCUAUUUGCACAUAGUAGAGCCCACGGCCCUUCGGCCAGCCCUGGCCGUGCUGGCCCACCUCUCCAACCUCAAUCGCCUCUCUCUGCCUGUGUGGGUGGGGGCCACAGUCUCCCAUGGGAGCUUUGCAGUGCCUGGCUACAUGCCCGGCAAGGAGCUGCUCACCGCUGUGGCUGAGGUUUUCCCCCACGUGACAGUGGCCCUGGGCUGGCCUCAGGAGGUACUGGGCAAUGGCUAUGAGGAGCAGCUGCUCACGGAUAUGCUGGAGCUGAGCAAGGGCCUCUGGCAGCCUGUGUCCUUCCAGCUCCAUGCUGGGUCUCUGGGCCAGAGCACGGCUGGGGUGGUGGCCAGGUUACUGGCAGCCUCCCCCAGGGCCACCGUCACAGUGCAGCACAGCCCUUGGGCGGGCAGCUAUACAUCUGUGCGGAAAGGGCUGCUGGCGGCCAGGGCUGUGGACAAGACCCGGGUCUACUACGUGCUGCCCCGGAGUUAUCGCGAAGACCUGCUGGCAGAUGUUGGCAGAAACUGACCUCCCGGUGGUGCUGGACAGGAGGUCCCUGGGGCCAGGCUUCCCGUGGGG